AUGGCCCCUCGCCCAUGCCGGCCUCGCUGCGCCGUGCUUGGCCGUGCCGCACCCGAGCCGCGUCCACGCACUCCCCUAGCCGCGCCGCUAUGCCCGCCCCGUGCCAGACCGCGGCGCCCCCGCCCCAGGCCGCCCGCCGCGCGCCAGGCCGCUCCGCCACCGCCCCUGGCCGUGGCGUCCACGCCUGCGCCAGGCUGCGAUCGUGUCGGCCGCGCCUCGUCCCUGCCCCACCAGGCUGCGCUCGCGCUAGCUGCGGCGCCCCCUCCUCCGCCCGCGCCGGCCGCGUCCCGCCCUAGCCGCGGCGCUCCCGCCGGCCACACCCUGCCCCUGGCCGCCCGCCGCGCGCUAGUCCGCGCCUCGAUGCCCCUGGCCGCGCCGCUCACUAGCCGCGUCGCGGCGCCCCGCCCCGUGGCCGCCCGCCCCGCGCCAGGCCGCCCUCGCCCGCGUCAGGCCGCGCACCAGCCGCGCCGCCCCUGGCCCCGCGCCGGCCUCGACACGACAGGUCGCGCCCACGCACGCAUACUCCAUGCCGCGGCGUCCCCGCCCGCGCCCUCGCUGCGCCGUGCCUGGUCACACCCGCGCAGAUCUUGGGCGCUGCCCGCCACGCCCUCGUGA